GCCCGCUCUCUGUUCUGACCUGAAGAAGCAAUACAGCACUAGGUCGCUGAGAUUAUCUCUACAACUUUGGAGUAGAAAGUCUAUAUCAUCUCCGUUUAGUUUUACCCCUCAACAACCACCAAGUAGCCAUGGACGCCAUCAAGAAGAAGAUGCUCUCCAUGAAGUCCGACAAGGACAACGCUUUGGAAAAUACCGAGAUGUUGGAACAGCAACUUAAAGACAUCGAACAACAAAAAGCUAAGGUUGAGGAGGACCUCCACGAUCUCCAGAAGAAAUACUCCAACCUCGAGGUAGACUUUGACAACGUCAACGAACAGCACCAGGAGGCCAAUAGCAAACUGGAGACGUCGACCAAGAAAGUCACUGAGAUGGAACAAGAGGUCAGUAGCACGUCCUCCAGGGCUACCAUGUUGGAGGAAGAUCUGGAGAGUUGCGAAGAGAAACUGCAGACAGCUACUAUCAAGCUGGAGGAGGCAUGCAAAGCUCAGGAUGAGACGGAGAGGUCACGCAAGGUCCUGGAGAACAAGAGCACUGCCGACGAUGAGAGAAUCGACCAGCUAGAAAAUCAACUGAAAGAUGCUAAGUACAUCGCCGAAGAAGCGGAAAGGAAAUACGACGAAACAGCCCGUAAGUUAGCAAUGACAGAUUCCGAUCUGGAGCGAGCUGUCACCCGUUUUGAAGCUGCUGAAACCAAAACCAUUGAGUUGGAUGAAGAGUUGAAGGUUGUUGGAAACAACAUGAAGUCCCUUCAGAUCAGCGAACAGGAGGCUUGUCAGAGAGAGGAGACAUUCGAGGAGACCAUUGCAGACCUGACCCAAAGGCUGAAGGAUUCGGAGCACCGUGCAGCUGAGGCCGAGAGGACAGUGGCCAAACUCCAAAAGGAUAUGGACCGUCUGGACGAUGAGCUGCUUACAGAGAAGGAGAAGAACAAGUCAAUCCAUGACGAGUUGGACCAGACAUUCGCCGAGCUCGCCGGAUACUAACUGUGGUUGUGCACUACAGUCACGAAACAUGCCAGUGUCCUUC